CAGCCUACCAUCCCACAAACGCAAAGCAAAUAAACUUCAGCAUUGCUAUUAGUAACAUAGCGCUCUCAACAGUCAAUCGUAAGCGUAAUUCUUGCCUACAGUCACUCAUUCAAUCAAUCGAAAUGGCAUCUGGCACUGGUAAGACGAUGAAAAAGCCACCGGGAAAAGCGCAAAUGAACGUCGUGGACAAGCCUAAGGGCAACAGGAAGUACAAGACCAAGAGGAAAGAAACGUACGGCAUCUACAUCUACAAAGUGCUCAAACAAGUGCACCCCGACACCGGCGUCUCGUCGAAGGCAAUGAGCAUCAUGAACAGCUUCGUCAACGACCUCUUCGAGCGCAUCGCCAGCGAGGCCAGUCGCCUGGCCCAGUACAACAAGCGUAGAACGAUCAGCAGUAGGGAGAUCCAAACGGCCGUCCGRCUUUUGUUGCCCGGCGAACUGGCCAAGCACGCCGUCAGCGAAGGCACUAAGGCCGUGACAAAGUAUACCAGCUCCAAAUAAUGAGACCUAAUCGGCUCCAAAUUAUGUAUAUUUUCUAAAUGUAUUAAUAUUAUUAUAGUAGACACAUAAAUAUUUAUCAAACUUUACACCUCUAAAUUAAUAAUUAAAUAGGCCCU